CUCGUCCUGCUCUGCCCGGUCGACUUCCCAGUGCCCCUCGCCUCCGCAAGGGAGCAUGGCGCUCGCUCACUUCCUUGUCGUCCUCCUCGGUGCUCCAUUGCCUCUACUCCUCUUCUCCUGUGCAGAGGCGGGAGAGGUGGGCGUGAACUACGGGAGGGUGGCAAACGACCUGCCGGACUCGGCGUCUGUGGUGCAGCUUCUGAAGCAGAACAGCAUCACCAUGGUGAGGUUAUACGACUCCAACCCAAAGGUGCUGACGUCUCUGGCCAACACCGGCAUCAAGGUGAUGGUGAUGCUGCCCAACGAGAACCUGGCCGCCGCGGCCGCGGACCCUUCGUACGCGCUCCAGUGGGCGCGGAGCAACGUGGCGGCGUACUACCCCGCCACGCAGAUCCAUGCCGUGGCCGUGGGGAACGAGGUGUUCGACUCGAGGCCGGACUUGACGCCACAGCUCGUCCCGGCCAUGACUAACGUGCAGGGGGCGCUGGCCAAGCUGGGCCUGGCCGAUGCCGUGAAGGUGUCCACGCCGGUCGCGUUCUCAGCGGUCCAAGAUUCGUUCCCGCCGUCCGCAGGCAGGUUCCGGGACGACAUCGCGCAGCCGGUGAUGAAGCCCAUGCUCGACCUCCUGCAGCGGACCGGCUCCUACCUCACGAUCAAUGUCUACCCGUUCUUGGCGUACGCCUAUCAGCCAGACAAAAUCUCCCUCAACUACGCCCUGGGGAACUCCAACCCUGGUGUGCGCGACGACGACACCGGCCUCUUGUACUACAGCCUCCUGGACGCCCAGCUCGACGCCACGUACUAUGCAAUGGAUGAUUUGGGUUUUGCCAGUAUGAAAACGCAUAUUGGGGAGACCGGACAUCCGUCGGCCGGAACAUUACGACCCGGGAAGCAGCCACGCAGCGGCCGGAGGCAUUUGCAGGCCGGGGAGGGAGGCCCGGCGGCGUCGAUAGCCAACGCCCAUGCAUACAACAAUAACGUCAUCAACCGCGUGCUGUCCGGCAACACGGGCACUCCGCACCGCCCUGACGCUGACAUGGACGUGUACAUCUUCGCCCUUUUUAACGAGAACCAGAAGGGUAAUGGACCGGACGACGUCGAGCAAAACUUCGGCCUAUUCUACCCGAAUGAGCAGAAGGUCUACGAUUUCGACUUCCACGGCGGCGGCGGCGGCGGAGGUGGCACGAAGGCGAGCUGGUGUGUGGCGAACGCAGCGGUUGGGGACGCGCGGCUUCAGGCAGCGCUGGACUACGCGUGCGGCCAUGGUGCGGACUGCAGCGCCAUCCAGCCCGGCGCAGCGUGCUUCGAGCCCAACACCAAGCUCGCGCAUGCCUCCUAUGCAUUCAACGACUACUACCAGCGCAACGGCCGGGCCAGCGGGACGUGUGACUUUUCCGGUGCCGCUUACGUCGUCUACCAGGCACCAGCUGACACCUGCAGUGCCAAGGCGAGAUGGUGCGUGGCGAACGCGGCGGUUGGCGACGCGAGGCUGCAGUCGGCCUUGGACUACGCGUGCGGACACGGGGCGGACUGCAGUGCCAUCCAGCCCGGCACGACGUGCUUCGAGCCCAACACCAAGGUCGCGCACGCGUCGUACGCGUUCAACAGCUACUACCAGAGCAAGGGCCGGGCCAGCGGGACGUGCGACUUCGCCGGCGCUGCUUCCGUUGUCUACCAGGAACCAACUGAUGCAUGCGACGCGACGUCGAGCUGGUGCGUGGCGAACGCGGCGGUCGGAGACGCGCGGCUUCAGGCGGCGCUAGACUACGCGUGCAGCCACGGCGCGGACUGCAGCGAUAUCCAGGGCGGCGCGGCGUGCUUCGAGCCCAACACCAAGGCCGCGCACGCCUCGCACGCAUUCAACAGCUAUUACCAGCGCAAGGGCCGGGCCAGCGGGACGUGCGACUUCGCGGGCGCCGCCUCCGUCGUCUACCAGCGGCCAAUGAUCGGGAACUGCGUGCUCUCAUCGAGGGCCUGAACUGAAGAAACAGCAGUGAAGUUUGAAGGAUACGCUACCAUCUCGGUGUACGGGAUGUAGGAUAAAACCAUAUGACACUGUACUUUCAAUAAAACUAGCAUGUUGGCCCACACAAAAUGAUGAGGCUAGACUUGUUAUAGUUUAAUAUUAUAUUAAAAUAUAAUUGAUAAAAU